UGCCGACCGAAAAGCCAGAUAACAGCAUGAACUGGUGAGAAUCAGCCAGCUGUAUCGCACUCUCUCUGCUCUCCACGGCCACUAAAACACUUCACACACCACUGAACAGGUCAACUACAGUCACAGUCAGCCUGAGUGAAAGCUGACCAGAAGAAAAGACCUACCAACCUACCUUAAUGACAGACCAGGUGUUACGGUUGGCUGUUGGUCUGUCUGUGGGCCUCCUGUUGCUGCUGCUGCUGGGUCUGAUGGUGUACUACCUGUGGAGGAAGAGGAAGGGUCAGAGUCAGAGUCAGUACGAAGAGCUGCUCUCUACAGUGCCUUCAGUCCCACCAUGCUCUGCUCCCGUGAUCCUGGUGUCUCAGGGCUCCUGGGCCAUGCCCAAUGAGAUCCCGUUCACCUUGCCUCCUCGCUUCAUGACGCAAAUUCACGGUGACUUGAAAAAUGAGGAGGAGAAAGAAGAGGAGGAGAUUAAGAUGGAGGCCCGGAAGGACAUACUAGCCCAUCGGGGGUCACUCUCAGUAAGCAGAUGGUUCCCAGUGGGGACGGUGCUGGCUGGUCUCUACUCUGUCCCUCCUCUGAACGAGGUGGUGGCCCCUCCACCCGGCAUGGCCACCCGCCUCUGCUUCUCUGUGGAGUAUCGACACAGCAGCGAGCAGCUCAUGGUCUCUUUGCUCCGCCUCGGAAACCUACCUCCCCGUUUCCACGGCAACGUCACGCUGGUGGAGCUCCGGCGUCUCCCUGACGACCGGCGGCCCCGCCAGGCCAAGGCCCGGGGCACGGGGCCCGACCCGGAGUUCAACGACUGCUUCGUUUUCCAGGUUUCAGGAGUGUGCGUGCCUCAGAGCACCCUGAGUGUGUGUGUGCUGAGUGUGGAGCAGGACGGCAAACGCCACGCGGUGGGCAGGGUGCUGUUUCCUCUGGAGGGGGAGCUCGGUCAGGCCGGCAGGGUGCUCUGGAGGGACCUGGAGACGGAGGACGACACACAGGUACACACAGGAACACACACAGGACGUUUGCACGUGGUCAUAAACGCUCAUAAUCUUUCUGUCGCCUCUGAUUUCUCUCAGUGUUCAGAGCUGGGUGAUGUGCAGAUUUCUCUCAGCUACAGUCCGUCUCUGCAGCGCCUCUCUGUGGUGGUUCUGAGGGCUCGAGGCCUACAGCUGCUCACAGACGCAGGUGUGUGUGUCCAGGUGAGCUUACAGAUACACACUCAGGUGGUGAAGAUCAAGCGCAGCUGUGUGGCGAAAUGUGAAAACGACCCGUAUUUCAACCACAGGAUGACCUUUAAACUCCGCUCGCAGCACCUGGACGAGGCCUGUCUGAGGUUUGAGCUGCAGCAGCCGAACGACUUCCGCUCAGAGCCUCCGGCCCUGCUGGGAGUGCUGGUGUUGGGUCCCUUCAUGUACGCCAGGGGCCUACAGCUCCAGCACUGGAUGGACAUGGUCAACACACCGCAGGAGCCGGUCAAACUGUGGCACGGGCUGGGCAGAGCCACUUAACACCCAUAACACACACACACACACACACACACACACACACACACACACACACACACACACACACACACACAAUGUUUAUAUAUGUAUACACAAAGUUUUAAAUCAUUGUACAGCUACAGACUGCCACAGUUUUUUAUAUGUGGGCUAAAAUAAAACCAUUUUGUUCUCACAUUUUUUACAUUAUUUCUAGAGCCAUUACCUUUAAUCUAGAACCAGAUCCUUUAAUAAUCACACUUAGCUCCGAAUCUCUUUCUUUCUUAUUUCCUAAUCACAGCAAAAAGAAAUUACACUCAGAUAUAGAAAUAAAAAUUAC